AUGUGGGGGACGUGUUCCCGAUAUCGGUACAUCUCCGGAUCAAUUGAGACAUUGAGAGAUAAGAAGGAUGGCCCAGUAUAUAGACGUGAACGAAGCGACAGCCCAUACCAACAUGGCAGCAUCCGCAAACACACAAUGGCUUCCCUUGACACCAAAUACCCUGUGGAGACCACCGAGCCGGCCCUCGCCAAAGAUGACUCCCCUGCCGGCGCAGACAUCGAUCCUCGCGCAGAGCGUGCCCUAGUUUGGAAGUUCGAUUUGCGUGUUCUUCCCGUAUUGGCCGUCAUGUACCUUUUCAAUAGUCUCGACAAGUCCAACGUGGGGAAUGCCAAGACUGCCGGACUGGAGAAGACGCUCAACCUCAAAGGCAACGAGUACAACUUGAUCCUCAGCAUCUUUUUCAUUCCGUAUGUCCUGACGGCGCCGUUUCUCGGUAUCCUGGGCAAGAAGUACGGCCCUAACCGCGCUGCCGUGCAUGAUGUUUGCCUUUGGGCUGUUGGUUUGCUGGCGAUUCGUUGGUUCCUGGGAAUGGCGGAGAGUGCAUUCUUUCCGCUGGUUAUCUACUAUCUCACCACAUUCUACCGCCGGGGCGAACUAGCCCGCCGUCUCGCCAUCUUCUACGCAGCGCAGAGCAUCGCCUCCGCCUUCUCCGGCCUGCUCGCAUUCGGCGUCUUCCGGAUCCAAUCCGGCCCCCUAGCAUCCUGGCGCUACCUUUUCCUCAUCGAAGGGGGAGGCACCAUCCUCGUGGCACUCUUCACACUAUGGUAUCUCCCUCGCUCGGCCGCGCACGCAUCCUUCCUCACCCCCGAUGAAAAACAACUCGCAUACCUCCGCCUCCAACGCGACAGCUCCGCCAUCGUCAACGAGAAACUCAACCUCCGCGACGCAUUCAAGAUCUUCCGCCACGGCACCUCAUGGCUGAUCCUCGCUAUCCAGAUCUGCCUCGGUGUGCCUCUGCAAUCGGUCCAGCUCUUCCUCCCCUCCAUCAUCAAACGCCUCGGCUACGACACCGUCAAGACGAACCUGUACACCGUCGCCCCCAAUGUCUCCGGCGCCGCUAUGCUCCUCAUCCUUGCCUUCUGCAGCGACUGGACCCGCUGGCGGUUCCCGUUCGUGGCGCUGGGGUUCUUGUUCACGUUCAUCGGGUUCGUCAUCUACGCCGCAAUUGACGUCGAGGCGGAUAUCAAUGUCGCGUAUUUUGCUUCCUUCAUGAUGACCUGGGGCACCUCCGCGCCAUCGGUCCUCCUGGACGUCUGGUACAACAACAACAUCGCAAACGAGGGCCGCCGCGUCGUGCUAACCAGCAUUGCGGUCCCCGUCGCGAACCUCAUGGGCGUCGUCAGCUCGAACAUCUUCCGGAGUCAGGACGCGCCGCGGUAUAUGCCUGCGCUGAUCACCACGGCGUCGUUCGGGGGCACGGGGAUUCUGUUGACCUUGUUGCUGGGUGGGUGGAUGAUGGUGGAUAAUACGCGGAGGGAUAGAGCGCAGGGGCGAAAGAUCCGCGCGCAGGAUGUCUCGACGGAGAGGUUACAUGAGGGACCGGAUAGUCCUGAUUUUCGGUGGUCGUAUUAG